AUGGUUGGUUGUUGUGCUGAAGAAAUUAAUGCUAUUGAGUCUUUACAUCAAGUAAAUCAAGUUUCAACUCGUAUAUCAAAUUUUUUAGAGUGCCAAGUUCUCAUAUGUGACUUUCAUUGGGAACAAGCGUGGGAACGUUGGUUUAAUAAAGUAAAUAAUGGUGCCAGUGACAUUAAAGUAGAAAUGCUAGCCAAGUUAAGGAAAGUUGCCAGAGCUCAAUCAAAUAGGUGGGCAUACUUGUAUCGUAAAGACAAAUUAAUGGUCAGUAUCAAUACUAACAAUGGAGUUGAACGUCAAAAUGAAACCUUCAAACAUUCAUAUCUGAAAAAGCAUAGUAACUCUUGUUUAUCAACUAUUCUUAUUGAAAACUACUUUCCAGAUUUAUAUAAUAGGUAUUGUAAAAUUAAUACAAGACAAAGUGGAAAUUUCCGCCGAUAUAGUUCAUACUUACCCACAUUUUUGCAUCAUAGACCAAGACACUUUGUUAAACAUUGCUUGCAAAAGAUGUCUCUAGCUUCACAUAUUGAUCUGUCUGGAGUUUUUGUAAAAGAGACAGGAAAAUUUGCAUGUUCAUCUUUUGCAAACUCUGCUGAGUUCCAUCAUAUUAGCUUUGGCGAUUCAGUCACUAUGCCGAAUUGCACUUGCCAAGAUUGGAAAAGAACUGGGUAUUUUUGCAAGCAUUUCUUUGCACAAAACCUUAUUGAAAAUGAAGAGAAAUUAGAUUAUGGAAUAGAUAUUCUAAAAAAAGUUAAAAAAUCAUUUGAUGAAUGCAUUCCAAAUGAACAAGGUAUUCAUUUGCAGCCUGUUAAAAAUAAUAAACGUCAGUUGCAAGUAUUAAGCAUUCCCUUAAGAAAAAAAGUUGCAUUAUAUUCAGGGCGGCAUGGAAUUGGUGCAGAAAAGUUGAGAGCCUCAAGCAGUUUAAAAACUGAAGUAAAUAAAAAUCAUGGAGUACUAGUUAAAUCUGAAGAAAUAGAUGCAAGUGAAAAUAUAAUUCUUCAACCAGAUAAUACAGAAGAAAGUAUUGAAUGGAUUAUGUUAGACAACAACCUGCCUGUGAUACCACAAACUGAAAUUGAUACUAUUGAAAACAAUGAUAUGCUGACAGAUAUAAGUAUCAAUGCUGCCCAAAAAAUUAUUUUGAAUCAGUUUCAUAUGCAAUCUGGGUUUCAAGAUACAAUUUUAGGUGAAAAAUAUAUGUUUCGUGAGGAAAAGAAUGAUUUUGUUCAAGUAUUAUAUACUGGGCAAUAUCAUUGGAUUACCAUUUCUAAUGUGAAUUGUCCAGCAGACACAAUUUUCUACUAUGACAGUCUUUUCCAUGGCCAAGUAAAGGAUCAUGUUAAGCAGCAAAUAUGCAAUAUAUACAAAACAAAAGGGAAAAUAUUAACUAUCCAUGUACGCAAAUGUCAACAACAAACUAAUGGUGUGGAUUGUGGAAUUUUUGCAAUUGCUAAUGCAUUAAACAUACUUCACAAAUUUGAUAUUGGAGCUUUAUCUCUAGACAAAGACAAAGUUAGAAAACAUUUUAUUGAAUGCAUUAAAAAAAGACAUUUUUCUGCCUUUCCAGUUUGCCAAUCAAAAUGAAGAAAAAAUAAUCACUUUAGAAAUUUCUUGCUCAUGCCGUUCAAAUUGGGUAUGGUUUCAUGCAAAAAAUACUAAUCUUCAUAUGGUACAGUGUGAUAUGUGCAGCGAAUGGUACCAUAAAAAAUGUAAAAAUUUAUCUGAUGAGAUAUUCAAUAAAAUUAAUGCUGAAAAGUCAUGGAUUUGUUUAGCUUGUGAAAAAAAAGAAUUAUUUUCACCAACAUAAAUGAAAAAUUAGUUAUAAAUCAAACAUUAGUCAAAAUGCUAAACAGUUUUCAUUUUAUCUUAUCUCAAAAAAAAUUUAUUAAUGGAGAAACAGCCCUUAUCAAAAAUGCAAAAUUUGAUAAAUCUGUACUAAUUUAGUCAGCUUUAUCUGGUGAAUGCCUAACAGCUCACAAUUAUUAAUUAUUAGAGGAACUAUAAAAAUAAAUUUAAGGAAAAACCAAGUAUAUAAAAUAAUGUCAAGCUCAUUGGUAAGUUACUAUAUGUAUGUUUGUUCUGUUUAAACUUCUGGCGCUGUUGACUCACCCAAAAAUUACUGUAUGUUUAUUUGUGUUCAUUUUAAACCACUUGCACAAUGUUGACUCACUCGUAAGUUACUCUUUGUUUGUUUGUGUUCUGUUUAAACCUCUAACGCAAUGUUGAUUCACCCUUAAGUUACUGUAUUUUGUUUGUGUUCUGUUUAAACCUCUGGCACAAUAUUGACUCACUAAUAAGUUACUAUAUGUUUGUUUAUAUUCUAUUUAAACCUCAAGUGCAAUAUAAACUCACCCAAAAGUUACUGCAUGUAUUUUUGUGUUCUGUUUAAACCUCUAGCGCAAUGUUGACUCACCUGUAAGUUAUUCUAUGUAUGUUUGUGUUUAGUUUAAACCUCAGGUGCAAUAUUGACUCACUCAUAUGGCAGAUUAUAAGCAUACUAAUUGUAUGUUUAUAAUCUGUUUAAACCUCAAGCACAAUAUUCACUCACAUUUAAAUUACGUUUAAACCUCAAGCGCAAUUUGUGUGAUAAAUGUGUCCAUUUAUCAAAAUAGGCAUAUCAACAUAGCAGCAAACAUCUGAGUUAAAAAGCUUGGGUUAAAAUUUUCUAAUCAAAAUGAGCCCUAAACUGUCAUAGAAGAGAAAUCACAUUCGAUAUAGACUGUUUGUAAACCUUGCAUUGGAA